AUGUCUGAGACAGCGAGUGAAGUAGAUGGCAACCUUAGAAUGCUGGAAAUCCAACAGCUUCAGCGUAUUUACUGUCGAGGUGAGUUACUGCAUGAGGUGCAGAUGCAAAAGCUCUUCUCCGACAGUAAACACUUUGUAGAUAUGCCGAUUAAAGUCAAUUCUUCAGUAAACGAAGUUCUGACCAAGUUCCAAAGGCUCAAAACAAUGUUUGGAAACGCAACAAACGGAGAGGAAUGGAAAACUCAACUUGCUACGUUUGUAGACCAACACUUUGACCCACCAGGUGCAGAGUUGAUACCUAUCACCCCUCCAGAUUAUCAAGAGAAAGAAAUGCCAUCGCAAAUUGCAGAGAUUGGAAAUAAAAGUCUGCGUGGUUGGGCUAUGGAGCUACACAAGCUGUGGAAAUUGUUAGCUCGCGUCCCUGCCUCUGUCUCAGCAAAUCAAGUAUCUAGGAGUUCGUUUCUCCGCUCACUUCCAAUUGAUGCAGCAUCAAAUAUGUCACUGAGCGCACUAGCACGUCAGUUCAAUGGAGACAACAUUCUUGUUGUACCUGGUGGCCGUUUUCGUGAGAGUUACUACUGGGAUUCGUACUGGAUUGUUCAGGGACUACUGGUGAGCGGUUUGCAUCAAACAGCUCGCGGCGUCGUGAACCACUUGCUGGAAUAUGUCGCUGAAUUUGGGUUUGUUCCCAAUGGAGGACGCAUCUAUUAUCUUACACGUUCGCAGCCGCCAAUGCUCUCGGAUAUGGUACGACUCGUUGCAAAGCUUGACAGGCGAAAUGCUUCCGAUGGAGAUGUCAGCGCCUGGGAUCUUCCGUACUUGCGUGGUGCAGUGCCUUUGCUUGAGCGCGAAUACGAUUUUUGGAUGCAACGCGGAGAUCAUGGUCAUGCAGUAGAGAUACCCGGAUCCGACUCUUCACAAUCUGCACGCGAGAUGUUUGUGCUCAACCGAUACGAAGCGCAUGCAGAUGAACCGCGACCCGAAUCGUACCGUGAGGAUGUUAUUACAGCGUCUACGGUUAUUCUCGGCAAAAAUGCUACGGUGAACAAAGCUUCCAUCUACAAUGAAAUCAUCGCGGCAGCAGAAAGCGGUUGGGACUUUAGUAGUCGAUGGUUCGGCGACUAUUCUACACUCAAAACGAUUCAGACCUCCCGAGUGAUUCCUGUGGAGCUGAAUUCAAUUCUACACCGAGUGGAGCUUAACCUUGCAAAGUUUCAUGAGAUACUGGGAAACUCUGUUGCUUCGGCACGAUUUCUUGAUGCAGCAAAAGCUCGAAUGACGGCAAUGGACGCUGUGCUGUGGAGCGAGUCGGAGAAAUGCUGGAAGGACUAUUUGCUGGACUCCCGCGAGCAAUCCAAGGUGGUGUCCGUGUCCAAUUACUCGCCGCUGUGGGGAGGAGUGUUUGAUUCAUCCGACUCAGCGCGUUUAAACAAGAUUGUGGCGUCUCUGGAAAAGUCUGGGCUCUUGCAGAAAGGUGGUGUCCAAACCACGACUUCUGUAACAGGCCAGCAAUGGGAUGCGCCUAAUGCGUGGCCGCCAAUGCAGGAUAUCAUCAUUGAAGGUCUGCUGGCAGCAGGCACUGUAAAAGCGCGCACACUUGCAAAGCACCUCGUGAAGACGUGGGUCAAGGCUGGUUUUGUGGCAUGGCAAAAAACUGGUCUUAUGUUUGAGAAGUACAAUGCCCAUCAACUGGGUGGAGUCGGUGACGGUGGCGAGUACAAGACGCAAUUCGGUUUUGGUUGGUCUAAUGGUGUAAUUCUUACUUUCCUCACCAAGUACCUGGACCAACUAAAUGAAGCCGAUGAGACGGUUGGCUCUAGUAUCACCCAACGUGGUGCUGCAAUGUGCUAA